AUGCCGAAUGCGUCCAAUGUCGAACGUGUUCCCUCUGCUCCUUUCUUUCUCCCAGCUCGUCGUGAACUUCCUCUGUCACCUGUUCACGAAGCUGACGUAGAAAAAAUGGAGGCUGUCAGCACGGCGUUCCUUCAAUCAUGGAACGCCUACCGGCGGCAUGGCUGGGGCUUUGACGAAUACCACCCCCUCUCAAAAGUUGGAUCAAAUCUGCUUGGAAGUUCUGAUAGUCCUUUGGGCUUUACCAUCGUCGACGCUUUGGAUAUGCUCAUUCUCCAGGGUCUGCAACGCGAAUACGAAGAGGCUAGAGACUGGAUCCGCGAUGUGCUGCAUUGGGACCUUGAUGGGCGCUUGAAUGUAUUUGAAACGACGAUCCGAGUCAUGGGCGGUCUAUUAUCAGCUUCGGCACUUAUGCGGAACCCACCCCCUGACUCACUGCCGGCCUCGUUGGAAGAUGCGCAAAUGUUCCAAGACAAGGCCGAACAACUUGCCUGGCGGCUCUUGCCUGCCUUCGAGACGCCCACAGGCAUACCGAAACGUGAGUCGUUCUAUGACAAAGACAACUUCAACAGCAGCAGUUUGGCCGAGGCCACCACAAUCCAGCUGGAAUUCAAAUACUUAGCGCAUCUGACGAAAAACCAACGUUACUGGUACAUGGCGGAAAACCCCAUGUUCUUUGUGCGCGAAGCCACCCGCCCUCCCCGGCAGGGCCUGCUUCCUAUCUUCCUUGAUCCGCAAUCUGGUGCACCGCUCCUAGGUGAAGUCCGCCUAGGGUCGCGGGGCGAUUCAUACUAUGAGUAUCUUGUCAAGCAGUACCUGCAGACCAAUUACACAGAAACAGUGUACCAUGACAUGUAUGAACAUGCGUUUGAUGGAAUCAAGUCUACGCUGCUUGGCGAAUUCACAGGCAUCGAUCCACCGCUUCUGUACACAAUGGAGCUGUUCCCCCGCCGAGUGCAGCAACAAAUUGCAUGGGCUCGUCGCACGAAGCAAGACCACUUGGUCUGCUUUUUGGGAGGUGCCAUGAUGCUGGGAGCAUCUGUGCAUGCUGAUGGCACACUCCAUCCACCCUUCAAUGACUCUCUGGCUACUGCCGCCAUGCAAGAAGAUUGGCGAGUGGGGCACGAGCUGGUGCGGUCUUGUGUAAACACUUACACCGAGUCUGCUACGGGACUAGGUGCGGAAAUUGUAUUUUUCCAACCGCCCAACGAGAUGAAGCCUGGCACAAGGCCUUGGAUGGUGAAACGGUAUGUCGUCCCAACUUACUCAGUGUAA